UUCUGUACACUUCACAGAAGCUUCACCAUGGGGAGAAUGCUGGUUAUAGUCACUCUUUUCCUUGGAGGAGUUUGUCCAGUUCAACUGCCAUCUUCUCAUCUCAUCCUGACCUCCACCCAAACAUUAUAUGAUUCCUACCUCAUCUCAUGUACUGCUGCCAUCCCAGAGGAGAGGGUGGCUCAGUUGCACUGGAAGGAACGUCUCCCUGAUGGGAAAUACAACAUGAUCGCUGUUCUAAACACAGUCUGGGGGAAUGCCACGCAGCUCUCUUACCAACUGAUAGUGAAACUAAGCAAAAUUGAUGAGACCACCUACACACUGGAGAUAGCAGAGGCCAGCAAAGUGGUGUGUUGUGAAGUCAUAACCUACCCUUCUGGAGUGCGCCAAGAAAACUGUCUAACGAUUGAAGGUGACUCAGUCUCAGGUGGACGUAACAUUGAGUCGGCUCUCGUGGGCACGCUGGUGGUUAGCGGAUUCUUCAUUUUCGGAUCGCUUAUCCUUAUCUGUCACAUCUGCUGGACAAAGAAGAAAUCUCGGAGGAUCUUUAAUCUGAGAGGGGUCACUCGAGAAGUGUGGAACAGAGCUCAGAGUUCACAGGUUCCAUAUACAAGAAAUUCGCCCUCAGUCAACCUUGCAUACGAACCUCCUAUUGAAGCAAAUUUUUCAAAUAAUGAGGCAACACAGAGGCCACAUACUCACCACGGAGAACCAGCAAAUCCACCGCCUUCAAGAGCUUCAGAACAAUAUCAAAUCUCACUCCCAAGGAACCAGUGGCUUUCUGAAAGUUCUCUGCCGGUUGAUCCUCCUCCCUACACAAACUCAUCUUCAGUCCCUCCCCCAAGGAUCCAUGUUAUACCAGAACAUACUUCCACAGAGAAACAUAUUUACAGCAACAUUCGCCGACACAACAGGCAACGCCUUAAGAUGCCCCAUUUGCAAAACACCCAGAACGAGCCAGUUGGGGACCAACCUGAGAUGUUCCCUUAUGCAAGUUCAACUCAGGCGUCAUCUGGUAACUCUUACCAUACCACAUCUGCUCCUUGCCUGUGUGGAGACACAUGCUACUUUUCUGAAGACCCCGCUGCUUUACAGCCACCAAGAUUACGUGUUCCAAUGACACCGGAGCCUCUUUUCAGCACCAUUAACCCUAUGUAUCACAGUCGACCUGCCUGGGAAUCCCAGCCAAGCAAUGCCCACUUUAAGUACCCACACUCAGCACUUUAAAUCACCUAAAGGACAAAUAAACAUGUAUUGCUUAUUGUUGGGGCUUAAUAACCUUCAGGUUCCUGUAUUUAAUAUUUUUUGGUAAAUUUGAUUGUUUGCUGACUUAAAACAUUCCAGGAAUUUUUGGCAAGGUCUCUGCUUUGUCAUCGUGGCAAUUAUCGGUUGUUAAGGAGCUGGGCCGCCGCGUCCUUAGCAACCAAUGACUCAUUCAGCUGUCAGUGGGGUUCCCCUGUUGACACCUGAAGUGUAAACUGAAGUUCCGGCAAUUGGAGCUGUGAAAAAAAUAAAUAAAAAUAGCAGCCGGGGAAUGUUUAUCAACAACAUUGCUCAGCGCUCA